AUGUGCUACCCUUCCUACACCUCUGACCUGUUUUUGCACCUCCUCGGCAGCCAUGAGGCCCAAUGGGCAAGCCAUGGCCAAAUUGCCAACACAACUCAUCUUGAUGAAUCUCUCAGGCUCGAGAAAACUUCUCUUCGUGCGCUUAAUGCUCUUGCCUUGCCCAAGCGCAUUCGAUUCGCUAGAUUUCUCUUCCGUCUCCACUCACAUCUCAUGCUCUCCUAUCCUCCUGUUCAACCGUACUACCAUCCUGUCAUAUUCGUCCUCCCACACCCUCUCAUCGAUGACAAGCCAUCACCGAGUCUGCCUCUUGGCCCCCAUUCCGAGCGCUCACUAAUCGUGCCUUGGGCCCAACACCUGCAACCCAACCUCCGGCCCCCUGAGGCCUCAUCUCGCCUUAAAAUGUGUCGCAUGGUCAUUUUUGGUCCUAUAUCUCGGCCCUCAGCGCUGAAUCUCCAGCCUGGGCUGACUCCAACCUUUCUCUGUCCCAACUGCGCAGGAGCAACCCCCGAGUGUAUCUACUGCUGCGGCAUGGCUUGGCAAAUGAGGUCGCGGGUGCGCUGGGAAGAGACACUCAAUGUACAGAAGCGCCGGCUGGGCAAACAUCUCGGGGAGGUCGACACAAAGCUUUCCUUCGACACCUUCGACAUCUAUCUAAGAGAUCUCGAAGACCGCAGGGCGCUGCGUGGGCUGGGACGACUCUUGAAGCUUACGGUCCUUGAGCAAAUUAAGGAAUUUACUGCUGCAAUUAGCACCGUGUGCCAGGCUAGUGACAUCGCAUGUUUUGUUUGGGGCAGUCUCCAGGCGAUACUGAAGAUUGGGUACACAUUCGUGGAUACGAUGGCUGCCAUCAGUGAAAUGAUUACCGAGAUGACCCAGCAACUCCCUCUCUUUGAAGAGUAUCGUUCACUCUUCCCCACCGCAUAUGAGUUGGAUGAGCCCCUCAGGAAGCUUUAUUUCAACUACAUAAGUUUCUGCAUUGACACCGUGUUAUUCCUCAAAUCUAAGCGAUGGAAACUACUCCUGCGUCUGAGCUUUGGCGGCUUGCGCAAGGAGUUUGAGCGAACCCGUCUCCAGGUGGCUAAGAAUGCGUCAAGCUUUCAGGCACAAGUCGACAUCGCCCGGACCCGCCUGGGGGUUCGCGCUCACGAACACAUCAUUGGGUUGACCCAAGCGAAUCUGCGGCGGCAGAUUGUAGUGAACGGCGUUCCAUUUCACCGCAACUAUCGAUUUCAGGGCAGGGACAAUGUACUGGAUGAUCUACACAAGAACCUGCGUCCGAGGAACACGGCAAGGACCCCACCAUCACUUGGUCAAACUUCAUGUGUCAUUCACGGUAUCGGCGGAGUGGGCAAGACCCAGGUCGCAUUGGAGUAUACCUACCGCUUUCGAGAGGAUUAUGCUUACAUCUUCUGGGUCAGAGCCGAAAACAGCGUUGAGCUACUGACAUACUUUGCACGGUUCGCAAGAGCCCUGACUCCUGCUUCCGCCGUUCAAGAUCAAGUCACCAAUGUGAAAUUAGUAAAGGAUUGGCUGGUUCAGAAUGGCAAUUGGCUUCUGGUCUUUGACAAUGCAGAUGAUCCUGACGUCGAUCUGUCACUCUUCUGGUCCCCUGGUUCCCACGGUUCCAUCAUCGUGACAACGCAGCGUCGAGUGGUUUCGCAUUGGGCAGCCACUGGUAUUCAUCUGGAUGCGUUCGACGAAAAUGAGGAACCGAUGGCCAAAGCCUGGCGCCUAGCCUUAAACUCGCUCACUCCGGAGGCUCGGCGAACCCUUCAACUCAUGGCCAUGCUGAGCCCCGAUGAAGUCGACGAAGAUAUGCUUUUCGGUGAUUGGACAGACAAGGACCUUGACUUCCUAUCAAAAGAUAAGCGAUUCGAGUUCAACGAGAUCAGGCAGAGUCUAAUCGAUCGGCACCUCGUCGGAGUGACCAGUGACUUGGGCAAGAAUUUCCUAUCGAUGCACAGGGUUCUUAAAAGACAUAUCAUUCAACAAUUGGAUUAUACCGGAGCUCGUUCCCUGGAUACUGUCUUCAAGCGUGCUGUGGCCAUGGUUCGGCAUGAGUUCCCCAAGAGUGACGAGUUGCAGACACCGACGAGCCUGACAGUCGUGGAAUGCGAGCGGUGUUUGCCGCACAUCAUCAGUCUAAUGUCGGUAUACAGGGAUUGGUCCCCGAAAACGGAACCAACCUAUGAAUUCGCGACACUUCUCUCCGACACGGCCACAAACUACAUGUGGGAACGUGCAUUAUCAGGUGACGCUAUCGAGGUCCUGAAUACGGGGGAGCAGGUCUGCAGCAGUCUGGCCAGCACGGAACAGAUCUCGCUGGUGCACGCGGACCUUCUUGCGAUCGGAGGGUCGGUACACGAGACUAUUGGGCUAAGCGGACGGGCGACUGCGUUGAAGAAGUGUGAACAUGCCCUCAAACUUCGGGAAGAUAGGAUCAGGUUGAUUGAAGAGCGCGGCCAAGUCAUAACUUCCUCUACGGCUCUGCAGCUGGCCAAUGCCAAAAACGACGUGGGCUGUGCUAAGCUUUCUUUCGAGGACGCUGAUGGGGCAUUGCCAUUGUUCCUUGAGUCGCAGACGCUCAAGCAGAAACACGCCACUGAGGAUGAGCUACCUUGGCACUUCGGGGAGCUAUACAAAAAUCUCGCUCUCGUAAAGCUCUACCAAGGGGACGCGGCGGGCGCUGAAGACCUAGCCCGACACUCUUGCCAGCUCUGUUGCUCUGGACGCACUGACAGGGAUGCAUCGACACAGAAAGCCCGCUCCAUUCUCGGGGUGGUUUUGAUGAAUAUUGGUAAGGGUGACGAAGCAUUGCGCUUACACAAGAGCGUCUACCAUACAAGGAAGGAGAUCCUCGGCGAGACGAAUCUGCACACCAAAAACAGCUUGUACUUGGUUGCUGAGCUAUACCGGCUCAAAGGAAAGCUGGAUAAGGCAGAGUAA